UUUGAUGAUGUACAUGUGAACUUCACUGGGGAAGAGUGGAAUUUGCUGGAUCCUUCCCAGAAGAAUCUCUACAAUGAUGUGAUGCUGGAAACCUACAUGAACCUCAAAGCUAUAGGCUAUAAUUGGGAAGACCAUCAUCUUGAAGAACAUUGUCAAAGUAUUAGAAGACAGGAAAGGCAUGUGAGAAAUAAUACUGGAGAGACACCCUAUGAGUGUUAUCAAUCUGGUAAAGCCUUUAAAAGAUCCAGUCAUCUCCAAUAUCAUAAAAGAACACAUACUGGAGAGAAACCUUAUGAACAUAAUCAAUGUGUUAAAGCCUUCGCAAGACCAAGUAAUCUCCAAAGACAGAAAAUGACACAUACUGGAGAGAAACCUUAUGAAUGUGAUCAGUGUGGUAAAGCCUUUGCAAGAAGGAGUUAUCUCCAAUAUCAUAAAAGGACACAUACUGGAGAGAACCCUUAUAAAUGUAAUCAAUGUGGUAAAGCCUUUGCACAGCUUAGUCAUCUCAAAUACCAUAAAAGUACACAUACUGGAGAAAAACCUUGUAAAUGUAAUCAAUGUGGUAAAGCCUUUUUAUUUCACAGUCAUCUCCAAAGACAUAAAAUGACACAUACUGGAGAGGAGCCUUUUGAAUGCAAUCAGUGUGGUAAAGCUUUUGCCCGUCACAGUGAUCUCCAAUAUCAUAAAAGAACACAUACUGGAGAAAAGCCUUAUGAAUGUAAUCAAUGUGGUAAAACCUUUUCUUGUCACCGUAGUAUUCAAAUACAUAAAGGGAUACAUACUGGAGAGAAACCUUAUAAAUGUAAUCAAUGUGGUAAAGCCUUUGCACAGCUUAGAUAUCUGAAAUACCAUAAAAGAACACGUACUGGAGAAAAACCUUAUAAAUGCAAUCAAUGUGGUAAAGCCUUUUCAUUUCACAGUCAUCUCCAAAGACAUAAAAUGACACAUACUGGAGAGAAGCCUUUUGAAUGCAAUCAAUGUGGUAAAGCUUUUGCCCGUCACAGUGAUCUACAAUAUCAUAAAAGAACACAUACUGGAGAGAAGCCUUAUGAAUGUAAUCAAUGUGGUAAAGCCUUUUCUUGUUACAGUAGUAUUCAAAGACAUAUUAGAAGCCAUAGUGGAGAGAAACCCUAUGAAUGUAAUCAAUGUGGUAAAGCCUUUGCAAGACCAAGUAAUCUCCAAAGACAUAAAAUGACACAUACUGGAGAGAAAACUUAUGAAUGCAACCAAUGUGGUAAAGCCUUUCAAAAGCGCAGUACUUUCCAAUAUCACAAAAGAACACACUCUGGAGAGAAACCUUAUGAAUGCAAUCAAUGUGGUAAAACCUUUUCAUGUCACAGUGUUCUCCAAAGACAUAAAAUGACACAUACUGGAGAGAAACCUUAUGAAUGUAAUCAAUGUGGUAAAGCCUUUGCAAGACUGUAUAAUCUCCAAAGACAUAAAAUGAUACAUAUUAGAAAGAAAACUUAUGAAUGCAAUCAAUGUGGUAAAGCCUUUGCACAGUGCAGUACAUUCCAAUAUCAUAAAAUAACACACACUGGAGAUAAACCUUUUAAAUGUAAUCAAUGUGGCAAAGACUUUUCACAGUGCAAUACAUUCCAAUAUCAUAAAAGAACACAGACUGGAGAUAAACCUUACGAAUAUAAUCAAUUUGCAAAAGCCUUUUCAUAUCACAGUGUUCUCCGUGGACAUAAAAUGACACAUACUGGAGAGAAAUCCUAUAAAUGUAAUCAAUGUGGUAAAACCUUUGCAAGAUCCAUUGAUCUCCAAAGACAUCAAAUGACACAUACUGGAGAGAAAAUUUAUGAAUGUAAUCAAUGUGGUAAAGCCUUUGCAAAGUGCAGUACUUUCCAAUAUCAUAAAAGAACACAUACUGGAGAGAAACUUUUUGAAUGUAAUCAAUGUGGUAAAACCUUUGCAAGAUCUGAUCAUCUCCAAAGACAUAAAAUGAUACAUACUGGAGAGAAACCUUAUGAAUGUAAUCAAUGUGGUAAAGCCUUUGCACAGCGCAUUUAUUUCGAAUAUCAUAAAAUAACACAUACUGGAGAGAAACCUUAUGAAUGUAAUCAAUGUGGUAAAGCCUUUGCAAUACCCAGUCAUCUCCAAUAUCAUAAAAGAACACAUACUGGAGAGAAACCUUAUGAGUGUGAUCAAUGUGGUAAAGCCUUUUCAAGUAACAGUCAUCUCAAAAGACACAAAAGAACACAUACUAGAGAGAAACCUUAUUAA